AUGACGGCUUCAGCACUACCAGCUCCAACAUCAUUGAACUUGCCCGAACCUGUUUAUGGACAUCCCGGGCACGCCCCAGGAUCACCCCGGCGGCCACCAUCACCCCUUCGUAAUGAAUUCACUCACAGAAGAUUCUCAAAUGAAAGCCACUCCGGAGAUGAUGCUGAUGAUGACGAUGAAGAAGACCAAGAUCUCACGUGGCCACGCAGCCGGUCCCCUACGUCCACCUCAGUCACUCAGUUCGCUGCGAACCUCGCAAACCGUGUCAAUUCCUUCAUCAGUCCUUCGAUAACAGGCAGACCUCUUCCGUCUGAUGACGAAUUAGAAGCUGAAGCUCAGAGAGAGCGCGACAGAAGUCGACGAGAAGCCGAACGUAUCCUCACACGGGAAGCAGAAGAAAGGCGAGCCAUGGAGGAACGUGUCCUCUCUAUGAUGAAUAGUUCUCCACAAUCACUUCCCCCUCCUCGAAGUAGGUCACAGACGUUACCAAAUCCUCCCUCUCCUGCGCACUCUCAGAAGGACAGUAGCCCCAGUUGGUGGACAGCCGCCAAAGCACGCUUGACUCCUACAAAAGAUAAAGAACCACUCACUCCAGCCCAGCAAGUCAUAGAAGAAACUAAGGCUCGUGAAAAGGAAACGAAGAGUGCUAAAGGAAAGGACAACGAAUGGCCUGCCUGUUCUGCAAGCAAAUAUACCAACCCCGCUUACCUCAACUUGAAAAUACCCCCGGGUGGCCCUCCCGCUCGCACUUCGUCUCCUACCUCCCCGACUCCAAUUCGAACCCCCGUCAACCUUUCUCCUGCCCGUGUCACACAAGUUCCAAUAAACCUCUCGCCCGCCUCGAUUCAGAGAGGGGCUUCUCCUGGCGGUUCGCCUGCACGUGAACCACCUCCAAUUUACGCCUCGUUCACACCCUCGGGUACUCUGGAUGUGCCAGGUACACUGCUAUUAAUUGCGAAGCGUUUUGAGAAACUUGAGAGGUGGAGCGUCACCCACGUGCGUGCACUCGAGGAACGCAUGGGUGAUGUCGAGCGCUGGCUGGUCGACAAGGAAAACCAAUGCAGCAAGGAAGGGGGAUCUUCCAACAACGACAAACUCUCUCCUCAAUCUGAGUUGGCUGCUAUUCAAGGAGACGUCACUGAGCUACAGUCACGAAUGUCGGAGCUUGGCCGAGAGAUGGCUCGCCUUGCGACAUCACCUGCCGCUCUCUCAUCUAACAGUGCCAUCCGUAGCUCGCCAGUCAUGAGCACCCCUCCUCCGAUGGAGUCGUCCAUCGUCAGCCCUCAUGAAUCUACCUUUUCUAGCGCAGCGGACACCACAAUCUCUGAAUUCUCAUCCCCCAAUGCCACAUCAGCUCUAGAAAAUAUCUACAGUCUCUCCACUCCCCGCCGAGUACCAUCUCUUACAGCCCGCGAGUCGACGAGUCCACCCCUCGCUCGUGUGUCCACCCGUCGUACACCGUCGGCGAGCAGGACACGUCUUCCAUAUCCAACAGGCGACUACACUAGCCCGGGAGAACUAAUAUCCCCACCUCAUACUCCAGCCAGCUCGCCUCCGCUACCGGCACGUCCUGCAUCAAUGGUAAUUUCCGGAUUACCAGCUUUGUCCAGUCCGCUGGAACUUCCCGCCGCAAUCACUCCACCUGUCCGCGCGUCAUCUCCUAGUCUGAGUGGCCUGCCCGCUCCCAGCAUGCACAGUCCCCAUCGAGGCAGCGUGAGUCCUUCGCCUAUGCAAGCAGGGCGUAAGCGAUACACCGUCGCUCUUGGUGGACCCAUCGUAGCGCCCCCUGAAGCCGAGCUUGACUACGGGAGCGAACGUUCGGGCCUCGGCAUGGCGUCUUUCUCUACAGCAGAGAGCAGUGACGACGACGACGACGAUUACCAAAAUGCCGCAGACGAGACGUUGGGGAAGAAAUCUGCAUUCCGUGCGAUGACUGCUGCCAAACUC